AUGGCAUCGAAGUAUGCUUCAUUAAACGAUGAAGAUAUUCGUUUGCCUUCAAAUGAUCUUCAUCUAUGUUUAAAAUAUCAGCAAAAUCCCAUGUCAUGUCAUACAAAUGAAUGUAAAAAUCUUCAUUUGUGCCAUGAUUAUGUAUUAAAUAGCAAAUGCUCAAAAUUUGACUUCAAUGGAAAAUGUUCACAUUCUCAUUCAUUGUUUACGAUGCACAAUCAAUUCGUCCUUAAGAAAAGAAGGCCAGUAUUGAUAAACGAUGAGGCAGCUUUCGAUAAAAUAGCACAACUUCUACGAUCGUCGAAAUUCAAGUCCUCGGAAACAGUACCGUACAGAGUCAGACAAAUUUCUAUUCCAUAUGAUAAUCAACAAGCUGGUUUAACAAGUGCAGAAAUGCAUAAAGUUCCAUUGGAAUCGGUAAAGAAUACCAUCAGUGGAGGAGACCAUUCGAAUCUAUUCGCUUAUAAUCGAAUGCUCCUACCGUCAUUUCCGAAAGAUUCUUCAUCUGUACUAUGCAAAAGUGGAUCAAGUCAAAGUACUUGCAGUUCAUUACCUCAACAACGUACUUUCACUGAUCAAUCAUCAUUAGCAAAAGAAAAAAGCAUGAGUCUUUCUCCACGUAUUUCAUUAUCAGGCGAUUCAAGUUUUUCAACAGUUAUCAUGCCAAUCCCAACGAACUUUUCUACACAUCGAAAAGUUGAAAUGACUAGCCAUAGUGUGGAUUUACUUGAUGAAAGAUUUGAACAGCCAAGGAAAACAACGCCAAACAGAUUUUCAAAAGGUAUUGCGUCGACAUUUCUAGGCACCGAUGAAGUGAACGAAAAAGUUAAUAAUAGUCAACGAACUGUACCACUAGCUACUCGGAAUGAGAAGACAGGAUUUAAAUAUUUUCAUCUUCACGUAAAACAUAAUGAUAAAGUACCAACUGCAUCCAAUCCAAUAGAUUCAACGAAACGACUUACACAGACAAAAUAUGUUUUCGAUAAAUAUGCAAAAGAACACGAAAUUCUGUCUUCAAGAACACAAAUUGAACGAGAUAAACUUUAUUCGCGAACGGCAGAAAGAAAACCACUAUAUAUACAAAGUACUAAUUCAACAAUCGAUGUAAUCUCCGGUGAUAUUACUCAAAUUGAGACCGAUAUGAUUGUGUGCGUUACUACUUCGGCCACUCUAUUAAGACAUGUUCUAACGCAAGCUGGAUCAUCCAUAGAAUCACAAUUUCUUAAAGUUGGAAAUUCAACAAACGAUAUUAUUCUCAAUGGAGGUUCGACUAAAGCACGACACAUUCUUUUCUUGCCAUGGUAUCAAGAAGUUCAAGCAUUGCAGAUCUCUAAAGCACACGAGUCUUUAUCAAAAUUAGUUAUACGAUGUCUUCAGUAUGCACAUGAACAAAAACUGAAAUCAAUUGCUUUUCCACCUAUUGGAACUGGAAAGAUUGGACUUGAUCCCAAUAAAGUUUGCGAAUUCAUGAUAAUGGCAGCCAAUAAAUAUUUACAGCAACAUAAAUUAGAUGUAAUGUUUGUUAUUUAUUCAUCGCAAGAGUUGAAGCAUAAUCAACAAACUUAUCAAAUAUUUCGUGAUUAUUUGGAUACUCUUUGCCUAGAAGUUCAGCAGCAAAAGGUUAAAAUACCAUUGUCGAAUGAUGUUUUACAGCCGACAUCCAUUGGAAAUCCAAGGAGUCAAUCGAUCCAGCGAACUGUGAAAUACAAACAAAUAAGAAUGGUUUCCGAAUUGUCAAAUAUAGAUGACCAACGUAGACGAUUGGAGAAAGCACUAAGAGAAUUAAUCUGCGAAAAAACAUACGACCUGUGUUUAGUUCGAAGGCAUUUCAUCGAUCAAGUUGAAAUAUUAAUUGAUAUUUGCUUGGCGUAUCAUGUAUUACCUCAUGUGGAUUUUUCUAAAAAUGAAUUAAGACUUUUUGGAGAUCAUGACUCAUGUACACAAUGUUAUGCUAAUCUUCGACCAGAAUCAUCGAUUUUUAAAUACUAUAUCUAUAGAAAUGGAAAAAAAUCAGACGAAAUCAAAAUGAAUAUGUAUCAAUCAUUGAAAAUUGAUGAAGCUAUUUUAGUUAAUGAAUCAAAAAUUCUUAUCGAAGGUGAAAAUGAUAUUGUAUUUGAUAUUGACUUGAAAAAUUCUCAAGUAAAUAUCAAGGGUGACAGAAGACCUGCUCAACUUUGUAGAAAAGAAUUGAAUGAAGAUUCAAAAAUUAUUCGGCCGUCUAUAUGGAUUAGCCCUUCCUUGAGAAUUCAAACAUUUCAAGUGACAAAUCAUGUCAUAAAUUCCACGGAAUGUGUGCGUGCCUUUCAACAAUCAAUGCCUAUAUCUGAAUGGUUUAUUGAACGAGUUGAUGCUAUUCAAAAUUGGCCAUUAUAUGUUCAUGUUGCUACGAAAAAAUGUCAACAUGAUGCAUUCGUUUUUUAUGGGUGCUCAUUUUCAUCUGUUCAAUCGACGAUUCACUAUGGUCUAUAUUCAAAUCGCGGUGAACAACAAGGUACGAUUCAGUUAACUCGUGCUGCAUUGGAUAGUCAUAUAUGUAAUACGCGUCGUUCGACCGAUGGAAAAUAUUACAUAUUUGCUGUUCAAGUAUCAACCAAAAAGAAACUUGACCAGAAUUUUAUCAAUAUAAGCAAUAACGACGCUAAUCUAGCUUUGCCUACUCAUUUGAUUAUAUAUCGACGGCAGAAAAUAAUUCAAUAA